AUGUUCCGUUUCAGUGCACUAUUAGCCUUCUCCUUCGCCGCGGUUGCCUUUGGGCAGCAAGCAGGUACCCUCACAGCGGAAACGCACCCACCGCUCAGCGUACAAGAGUGCACAGCCAGCGGAUGCCAGACUUUGUCGAGGUCAGUUGUGCUCGAUUCCAACUGGCGCUGGCUCCAUACUACCGAGGGCUUCACGAACUGCUACACCGGCAACGCGUUCGACACCUCGCUUUGCCCCGACGGCGCAACAUGCGCCCAGAACUGUGCCCUUGAUGGCGCAGACUACAGCGGCACCUAUGGCAUUACCACCAGUGGUAACGCGCUCACCUUGAAAUUCGUGACUACUGGUGCCAACACCAACGUGGGCUCGCGUGUCUACCUGAUGGCAGACGAAAGCACCUACCAAAUGUUCAACCUCAAGAACAAGGAAUUCACCUUCGACGUCGACAUGUCCAACCUGCCUUGCGGUCUCAACGGCGCUUUGUACUUCUCAGAAAUGGCGGCGGAUGGUGGUUUGGCCUCGCAGGCCAGCAACUCAGCAGGCGCCAAAUACGGAACUGGCUACUGUGACUCACAAUGCCCCCACGACAUCAAAUUCAUUGGUGGAGAGGCUAACGUAGAAGGAUGGGUUGGCAGCGACUCCGAUCCCAACUCCGGCGCUGGUACCUUUGGUGCCUGCUGCAGUGAGAUGGACAUCUGGGAGGCAAACGCAAAUGCUGCUGCCUAUACCCCUCACCCAUGUGCCACAGACGGUCUUCUCCGCUGCACAGGAACUCAGUGCGGCGAUGGCGAUGCUCGCUACUCUGGUGUCUGCGACAAGGAUGGCUGCGAUUUCAACUCCUUCCGCAUGGGCGAUCGCGAAUUCUUGGGAGAGGGAUUGACCGUCGACACUACCAAGAAGAUCACCGUGGUGACACAGUUCAUCACGUCCAACAACAGCACUAGCGGUGCCCUCUCUGAAAUCCGUCGUCUAUACGUCCAAGAUGGCAACGUCAUCCAAAACUCCGUCACCAAUGUCCCCUCAGUCCCCGCCUACGAUUCUAUCACCGACCAGUUCUGCGUCGAUGCUAAAGCCGCCUUCGGUGAUACCAACUACUUCGCUACCCAGGGCGGCCUCGAGGCUAUGGGUGGGUCCUUCGACAACGGCAUGGUACUGGUUAUGAGCAUUUGGGACGACCACGCCGCCAACAUGUUGUGGCUGGACAGCAGCUACCCCCUCGAUAAAGACCCCUCAGAACCCGGUGUCAUGCGUGGAAACUGCGCCACGACAUCCGGUGUCCCAGCCGACGUUGAGGCUCAGCAUCCCGAUGCUUCCGUUACUUUCUCGAACAUCAAGUUCGGUGACCUUGGUACGACCUUCUAA